UUGGUCACACUGUUUCCAGCGCAAAAAUGGCCGUCGCAUGAAAAUUGUGAGAAAAGUUUUAAGCGCCGUGUUUGCCAUUUGUGUAUUUUAAAUCAACGAAAAACUAUACAAGCGUGAACGCAAAACGUAUACAAAUCUUUUUGUGUGUGUGUAUUUUUAUGAUAUAUUUAUAUAUAUGAAAGAAAAAAUGAGAUAGUGUUCCGCGCGAAUUAAACGAAAAGAAAAAUUACGUGCGCGAAAGAGGUCGCGAUACGCUCCGUGUAAUGGCGUCGCGCAGGCGUCCCGAUUUGAAUCCAAAACUGCACAUGGACAGACAGCCGACAGCUGCACGCAUAACAGAUCCAUCUUUACCCGCUGGCAAGCGUCGCGAAAUCGAUAACGUUAUGAAGAAGGCACGUGCCAACACCACAAACGAUUACUGGGACAAGAAACUGAUCGAAGCCGAAGAAAAAGAUCCGAAUCGUUGGCGCCACACCGGCUACAAGAAAAUGUACAUUCAAGGUGAAAGCAGCUCUGGCGAAAGUGAACGCGAUACUGCACAGGCCAGCUACUCGCGUUAUCCUGGCGCACCGGCCAACUCUGGUCCGCCGCCACCGUCGUCGUCGUCGUCCGCGCGUUACGGCCGCUCCCGGUCACCGCAUUCGCGAAGUCGCUCGCGUUUGCGUAAGUCGCCGCCGUUGUCACCGCCGCCGCCAUCACAUGCGCGUCGUCGCUCGCCGCCGCCGCAGUUUAUGGAGCGCAGGCCCGUCAUGUCGCCGCCUUCGCCACAUCAUAACGGACCGCCGCCGAUGCGUGGCCGCCCACGCUCGCCACCGAUGCCGCCACGCAGCAUGCCCCGGUCGCCCAACAACCACCACAACAGCAAUGCUGCCGAUAUGUUGCGUCGUCCGGGCAACGGCCAUGGCCGUCCGCGCUCUCCGCCCGAGCCAGUUGCCGGCUCAUCGUCAGCUCAGCUGCGCCGCAAGCCGGCAAACGCGUCGCGUUCACCGCUCAGCCGGCGUCGCUCGCCGCCGCUGCCGCCGCCAUCGUCGUCAUCGGCCUCAAAUAUGGAUAAGCGUGGACUGGGCGCAACGCACAUUCUGCCCCGCUCCAAGCGUCCACCUUCCCCGCCGCCAAGGCAUUCGAUGCGCUCGCGUUCGAACAGUUCCAUGAGCAGCAGCUCAGAUGAUUCCUGUUCGCUGUGCUCGCCCAGUCAUCGUCACAGAUCUCGUUCGCGCGGUCCGCGUUCUCCGCCGCCUAAGCCACGUGGCCAUUAUCGGGGCGCCGGUGCGCCACCGCCGCUGCCGCCGCCAGAGUCCCAUGGUCGCUUGCAUGGACGGCCCACAACGCCGCCGCCGGUGCGGGGUGGGGCUGGCAUUGACAAAUAUCGUGAGGCCAAAAUGCGACACAUAAGCCACGAACGGGGCUUGUCGUCGGAUGUGCAUAUGAAAGUCGGUCGCGCGUCGCGUCAUUCACCACCGCCAGAGGACCCGCGUCUCAAGCAUCGGCCGCCAGAGCCACCAGAGCCUGCAGCACCAGCAGCAGCCGCACCACAGGCCAAAAAGAAAAAGAAGGAGAAGGAGUUACGCACGCGCGUUAAAAUUGAAGGUGAGAAACGUAAGAAGCAUUCGAGUGCGACGGUCACCACGAGCGCCGGUGCUAGUGGCAACAAUGCCAACUCGUCAUCUGAUUCGGAUGAUUCGGGCGGUUCCGAUAGCGAUGAGGCGACCCCUGCAUUACCCUCAUUUUCGGCAACAACGCGUCUAACGCUAUCUGAGCGAUUUGGCAAAAUGGCUCAGUGGAGCAUUGAUCGCAGCAACAUGGAGAAUAUGCGCAUUACCAAAGAUUCGGCGGGUGGUGCGCUUAAAGUUAUGAUCGAGGAGGGUCUGGAAUCGCCGCCGCGUCGUUAUUCGUACUCGCCGGCGCCGGCUGGUCAUUUUCCCGAGGAGUUGGCCACCACAGCACCGUCGGGCAUGCUGUCGUGGGAUGAUGUGCGCGUACGUUACGAGUACUACAAGAGUCGCGGAUACUUGAGAGACUUGGAUCUAAAGGACUACAUCAAGUGGGAGGAAUGGUGGUAUAAAUAUCAGGAGUGGUUAAAACAGGAACGCUAUUACGAGUACUGGGAUCGUAGUCAGCAGCUGCGCCGACGGCGCAAGAAGCUGCCAGUUACUCAGCGUUUAAAUUAGUUAAAUGCAGUUAGUUAUUUCCCCUUGACCCUCAGCUCACCCCCCUAUUCAUUCUGUUAGUUUUUCUAGCUCUU